AUGCUCCAUGUCGGCGUGGGAAAUGGUGGUGGUGAAAUGGCUGCAGCGUCAAAUGCAGAGACAGAAUAUAUUGUACCAGGAUUGGACAGGCCAUAUUCCAUGGAACUGGACAGCAAUACACAACAGGAGCAGUGCGAUGAAGGUACAGUUGCUUUUCAUAUGGUCCAUGUUGGGAUGGGCGAUGGUGGUGGUGAAAUACAUUACACAAACAAGAAUGCAAGAAUGACACAAGGUGAAGAUACGAGGACAUUGGCUCCUGCGUCAAUGUCAGAAACAGAAUAUAUUAGACUGGGAGACCUGGACAGCCCACAUGCAAAAGAUGGCGAGAGUGCAGUACUUUUUUUGGCGGCUCUUCAGUGGAAGUACACAAAAGUUGAGACAGAAGUUGCUGAUGAAAUGGAGAAGGUAGUGUGGAACUACUUUACAACAAGCAGUGGGGUAUUGUGGAUUCAAUGGAAUUUGCGAGUGGAAGUGGGUGAAAAGCAUCAAUUGCAAGCAGAGAUUGAGAAGAUGAAGGACUGUGUGGGGCAAAUAGUAGGCACAGGAGUUGGGAAAGAUAUGGAACCUGACAUUACUUGGAGAAGAGAUUUGUUCUUAGUGGCAUUGAGAGGAAGGUUUGAACAGGUGCAAACAGCAUGGUGGAAUUUUGAGGCAUCAUACAAAGGACAGCUCUGUCUGCAGUGGCAGAUUGUUGUUGAACUGAAGGAAGGUCAAAACAUGUUAGAAGAGGUGAAGAGCCUGGAGGACCAACAAAGUAUCAAGAAACAAGAACACUGUACGUGGGCAGUGGGUGAAAAGCGGGCCGAAACAAGCAAGUACAAAGCGGGGCAGACAGACACAAAAUGUGCCUGCACAUCAAAACUGUACAAUUCCGGGGUGGAAUAG